GACUGGUGUGUUUGGUGCAGAAACAAAUGAGAUGUCAGUGUCAGUGAUGGAGGGAGAUUCUGUCACUUUAAAAACUAAUGUUACUGAAUUACAUGAAGAUAACAUCAUUGCAUGGAAAUUUGGAGCUGAAAAAUCUCUCAUCGCUAAAAUAACUGAGAAACUAAACUUUUCAACAUUUGAUGGUCUUGAUGGGAAAUUCAGAGACAGACUGAAGCUGGACAAACAAACUGGAUCUCUGACCAUCACAAACAUCACAACUGAACAUGCUGGACUCUAUGAACAACAGAUAAGGGGAGCGAAACUGUCAUUAAAAACAUUCAGUGUUUCUGUUUAUCCUCUUCUGCCUGUACCUAUCAUAAAAACAGACUGCUCUUCAUCAUCAUCUUCAUCACAGCAGAAUUGUUCAUUGUUGUGUUCAGUGGUGAAUGUGAGUCAUGCGUCUCUCUCCUGGUACAAAGGAAACAGUUUAUUGUCCAGCAUCAGUGUGUCUGAUCUCAGCAUCAGUCUCUCUCUACCUCUGGAGGUGGAAUAUCAGGAUAAAAACACCUACAGCUGUGUGAUCAACAAUCCCAUCAGCAACCAGACCAGACACCUGAACAUCAGCAAACUCUGUCACACAUGUUCAGACUCAAAUUCUCUGACAGUGUUGAUCUCUGUUGCUGCUGCUGAAUCUCUGUUGAUUGUUGUUGGAUUUGGGAUCUUCUGCAUCUGCUGGAAAUGUAGAAGAACUAAUGAAGAAG